AUGGUAGAUAACAGAGCUGUAGUAAGAGCAGAAAAAAUGAUAGUUCAGCCAGUCAAGAUUUUCUUCAGAGACACAUUUAAUACCUAUGUUGUUUUAAAAAUCCAAAAUCUAAAAAGCACCACAAUAAACAGAAAAGGAAGCGAACCUUGCUGGGAACAAGACUUUAUGUUUGAAAUCAGUGAUGUUGAAAAGGGCUUCAUGGUGGAGCUGUGGAAGAAAGGCUUGAUAUGGGACAAACUUUUAGGUACUUUAUGGAUUCCCCUAACAACUGUGGAAUAUGCAACAGAUGAAGGUUCGGGUGCAUGGUGGAUACUACAUUCUGAAGUCAUAAAAAAUGGAAGUGAAAUCUGUGGCACAAAAACACCAACUCGACAUGAGAUUUUACUGGAUGUCUACUUUGCAAUACUGAAUGAUUUGGAUUGCAGAAGCCAUUACAGGAGGGCUUCUCUCCAAGGUGCAUGUCAUUCACCUCUGGACACAAGUAGCAGCCUGUCACCCAUGAAAAGUGCUCUCAGCAUGCAAGAGAAAGAACUAAGCAAUAAAGAUCAAGUUUACAUAAGUAGUUUGGCAAAAGCAAGAUGGACCAGAGCUAUUCAGAAGGGUUCUGAAGAUUAUCUUUUGCCAUAA